GCAAAUGAAAUCACAAGCGGCAAAAUCACUUUUCGAAAUUUUGCUUUUCCCUCUCCUAAAAUCUCGUCUUUAGUCUCUCAAUCUCAUAAAAUAAAUAGCUUCCUUGCUCUCUUCUUGUCCCAGUGACUGAGUUCCUCUGAUCAUCCCUCAAUACCCCACUUAGUAAAGUUCCCAUCUCUUCGCGGAUUGCUAUGGCUUUGGACGCAUCGAAGAAGCCCAAAAAGAAACCAAGCGGCGGCGCGAAACCAUCGAAACGCAAAACGAACCCAGGCGUUCGAGUGGUCGGAGGGAGGAUCUACGAUUCUAGCAACGGCAAAUGUUGUCACCAGUGUCGGCAGAAGACGAUGGACUUCGUUGCGUCGUGCAAGGCAGUGAAAAAUAACAAACAAUGCAAACUAAACUUUUGCCACACCUGCUUAUUGAACAGGUAUGGUGAGAGGGCAGAAGAGGUAGCUACCUUAAAUGAUUGGAAUUGUCCUAAAUGCAGAGGCCUCUGCAAUUGCAGUUUCUGCAGCGGCGAUGAAUCUUGA